AUGGGAUACUACACACAGGCUGCCCGAGACGUAUGGACUCUUCUUAUUGAGCUACAACCACAGACAGGUGACUCUGGCGGUGGCAUUAGUAGAGAUGAGUACAUCAGCCAGGUGGCACGGGACAUUCAGAGCAAACUACCUGAAGUGUUUGACCUGGAUGUCAUUCGCAAGAAGUUGGGUCUGGAGAUCUCUCCAACGUCUGUAGUGCUGCUACAAGAGCUGGAACGCUUUAACAAACUCACCCUUAGGAUGAUCCGUUCUCUGGCUGAGCUCCAGCGAGCCCUGGCUGGUGAGGUUGGAAUGAGCAGCGAGUUGGAUGAGGUGGCGAGAGCUCUGUUUAACGGGCAGAUUCCUGUUAUCUGGAGGAAACUGGCACCAGAUACUCUAAAGUCUCUGGGAAACUGGAUGAUCCACUUCAAGAGGCGACACGAACAGUACAGCUCAUGGGUGGAUGAGGGAGAACCCUGUGUGAUGUGGCUGUCAGGCUUGCAUAUCCCAGAAUCAUACCUGACAGCACUGGUCCAGGCCACCUGCAGGAAGAACGGCUGGCCUCUGGAUCACUCCACUCUUUACACACAGGUUACACACUACAGGAGUGAGGAUGAGGUCAAAGAGAGACCAGGACAGGGAUGUUUUGUAUCAGGCCUGUAUCUGGAGGGGGCAGACUGGGACAUUGAAAAAGGCUGUCUGGUGCGCAGCAAACCCAGAGUUUUAGUGUCUCAACUACCCAUUCUCAAAAUCAUUCCCAUUGAAGCACGCCGCCUCAAACUUCAGAACACCCUAAGGACUCCAGUCUACACCACCUCUAUGAGGAGGAAUGCUAUGGGUGUUGGACUGGUGUUUGAGGCUGAUCUUUUCACCACCAAGCACAUUUCUCACUGGGUACUGCAGGGAGUGAUGUAUGGUGGCAGGGCUAUUGAUAGCUUUGAUCGUAGGAUCCUCACAGUUUACAUGGAUGAGUAUCUGGGCGACUUCAUCUUCGACACCUUCCAGCCCUUCCACUUCUUUCACAGUGACUCUGGCGGUGGCAUUAGUAGAGAUGAGUACAUCAGCCAGGUGGCACGGGACAUUCAGAGCAAACUACCCGAAGUGUUCGACCUGGACGUGAUUCACAAGAAGUGGGGGCUGGAGAUUUCUCCAACGUCUGUGUACUGUUACGAGAGCUGGAACGCUUUAACAAACUCACCCUCAGGAUGA